CUCAUGUCCCUUCGGCUUCUUCAAUACGUUCUAUCUCAAUCCACCUUUCACACACUCCUCCUCCCAGUCCCCGGGAAGUAGCAGAGGGUGGACGACUCUCCUUCUCCUGUACCAGUCGAGGGUGCAGGAGGCCGACGGUGUUCUGCAUUGGUGGCGGAGGAGCAGGAAUUCCGACAUCGGUCGAUCCGCGCAGCGGCCUCGGAAAGGAUGUCCAGCAUUAUUGUUCCUGUGUACAUCAAGGCGCCCGAGCUAUCCACAAUUCUUGAGAACAAUGCAGGACUUGAGUAUCUUACCAAGACAAGAAAAGUUUGUGUCAGAAGGCUGCUUAGUGCUAAUGCUCAUGGGUACCCUAUACCACCACCGGCGCUUGAAUACAUGAAGCAAUAUCACAAGGCAUAUUUCACAGAUGAGGCACAAGAGCAGUUGAAGGUGGCUCAUCCGUAUGUAUCAAGCAGUGCACCAGCACACGAAGACGAUGAUCAAAGCCAUACUUCUGAUGACAAUGGUGCAGACAGAAAGAAACGUAAAGACUUGACAGAGAAUCCUACUCACCAACAUCAAGCAUGUACUUCUGGUGUUUCGAGUGUACUCCAGCAAACGAUUUCUAAAAGGCCCAAGUUCUGUCUGGAAGAAAUUCAUAGGACAGGUCACCCUGAAGUGGACGCGAAACGGAAAUCCGUUUCGUCUGCUACUCAUCCAGGAUUUCCAACUGAAGAUGAACUUAUGCUGGCAGGAGUUUCAGCUACCCCUGAGGAGUACCAAGAAUUUCUCAAGACAAUGGAGAUGAUGUACAAAACAUAUGAGAAUCCAUGUUAUGACGCUGAAGGCCUAGCUCUCGGUUCAUUGAAGAGAUCAGAGUACUUCCUCAUGCCAGAUACCAUACAGUAUGAACCAUGUACAGUUGAUAGCAUUUGCCGAGGGCCUGCAUUCUGGAAACCUGAUCGGAAGCUAGUUUCUCAGGUGUACGCCCUGGCUAAAACGCAGGCGCUGCAGCUUGGCAUUGCAGGGGACAGGCAAAUUAAGUGGGCGGUUCUACGAGCUCAGGCAUUUUCUGCUGGUUGGUAUCAUGGACAGAAAUACUCAAGGCUUUGUUCGCCUCCAAAGAACUCAGCUGAGAUUUAUGCCAACGACCUGGGAGCCAUUGAGAAAUACCUUUCUGAUGCUUGGAAGCUUGUCUGCUUCCUGCCAUUUCUCCACGAGUUAGCGUUCCGAACGAUUGGUAGCACAUGGUCAUGGAAUUCUGACAAUGCAGCUAAAUAUGAUUGCAAAGCAAUGAAGUUUGCUGAUUCUUCAUCGGUUGGUCCUGCUCUAUCUUACCUGACAGGUAAAGACCUCUAUGGUUCUGCUCUGCAAUGGAUCGGUGUCGAAAUACCUAUGAAGGUCCUUCAGAGAAAAGUCGGGCGUGAUGCGAUACCUGAAGUUUUCGCUCUCCAAUGUAAAGCAGCUCCUGCUGGUAAAGCCCUGAUCACUACCACUCAUGCUGUUGUAAAAGAGAUGAAGACUUUGGACUGCUGGAAAUCCAUACAGGAUAUGCGUAAAUUCAACGAUACAAUAGUUAGUGCAAUGGCAGGGAAGAUUCAAGCAAACCCUUGGAAGUAUCAUGCAAUGCCAAAGCCUUAUAACUUGAAGCCUUUAAGUGAAGAAGAACAACUUGAGGUCACGGCUGCUAUGACCUGUGCUGAAGAUUUUGCACCGAUAACCUUUGCGUUUACUCAGUCUGUGAUGGGACAUCAUCAACUUCCAGGGUACAUGGCACUAAAGAAGUAUGCUAGUGGUGCUCUCUAUGAGCGCUUCAAAAAGUUCUUUGCUUUUAUGAGGAAAAAGUUAGCUAAGGAUAUCGGCGCAAAGAUAGUUGCUGAGGCAUCUGGUAUUCCCCAAAGAUGAACACACUGCUAGGAGGGGCCCGCUUCCUGGCACUUCGGCGUCUAUUUAAUUUCUGAUGCUUGGGCUCUGAUCUUGAUAGAUCUUUUGAUGGAUGGGAGCUCUUCCAUGCCUGUCGUUAGCUUAUGUUUUGUCAAACAGUUGGUGUCAUUGGUUGGUUAUUUUGCUGAACUAUAUUGCCUCCUGUGACAGGUUUUAUAUGUUUGCCGCCUUGUGUCGUUUAAGAUAUUCCGGACAUGUGCUUCUUAUU